UAACGAUUUCCAUGAAACGCUGAGCUCAUUUCAAUAUUGACACUACAACAGAAUGGCGGUACAAUUUCAGCGGUGUUUUCGUGUAUUGCUGCUGAUCGCGGUGAUUAGCGCCGUGUCAAGUGCUCCGCAACCAAAACAAACGACACAAAAGUCGGUGGUCAGUGGACCGGCGGGUGGUGGGCAAGCGCGCGUGCAAGAUCCGAAAUGCCUGCAGCCGAAGGAACCGGGUCCGUGCCGCAUGAAUCUCGAUCGCUAUUACUAUAACUCACAAACGAAUGCCUGUGAACUCUUCAAGUUCGGUGGCUGCCGUGGCAAUGACAAUAAAUUUGGUUUUUUGAAGACUUGCGAAGAUGCUUGUGUUACACCGAAAACAACCACCAACAAUGCAGCACCUGGCAACGCUAAAGCACCAGCCUCAGCACCAGCAGCUGCUCCGGCCGUAGCACCAGCCGCCACAGUGGCCAAGAACCCGCAACCAGCUGUGAUUGUAACAAAUACCAAAGCAAAGAAAACACCUGCCGCAGUACAGACGCAGAAUGCUUAAAAGUGAUGGAAAAUAUUCUCAUAUGGAGCACACGCUCUUUAAUUGAGGAGUGGUCGAUCUUGUACAGUGUUGACUAAUAUUUUGAGAUUUUUUGCACCAAAUAUUAAAAGUGUUUAUAAAGAUGUUUUAAAGUAAGUUUAUGAAAUGUUCUAGAAAUGCUAUAUGUAAAUAUAUUCUUCCCAUUAUAUGA